AUGAAUCUAUUAAAUGGAGUUAACUCCAAUAACGAGAGAUCAUACGUUUAUCCCGUAGAUCUAUCGUUGUCAUUCGAUGAACCAACCAUUGAGGCUGAUUUUAAAGUCUCAUCGUCUAUUGAUCCUGUUGCACAAAUUGAGAAAUGGUUAAGAUCACCAUCAACAUCUCCACCAUUAGUAAAUAUCACACAACAGCCAAUAAUAAUAGCAAUGUAUAACGAUUCCAAUGUAGUAUCAUCAUCAGUACAAAAUUCUUCACCUUCAUCCUCAUCUUCACAUUCAGAAAAAAGAAAAAACCGAGAUCGACAAACGCUAUCUGACGGCCAUGUCAAAUAUGGACCAAUAACGGUCAAUCCUCGCAAACGUCCGGCUAAAACAUUGUUUACUGGUCGAAAAUCUAAAUAUGAAAUAUUACCCCCAGACGAAGAGGAGAAGCGUCGAAUGAGACGUGAAAGAAAUCGUGUAGCAGCAACAAAAUGUCGUGAAAAACGUGAAGAUGUUAUUACUUUUUUAGAAAAAGAACAUGAAACUGAAUUAAAUAAAAAUGCACAAUUAAAGGAAAAUCUCAGACAACUCAAGAAAAAACAUGAAGAAUUAGAAAAAGUACUGAUGAAUCAUUCAAAUGUAUGUCAACUUAAUCAAAAUCAAUCAAGAGCAAUUAACGAUCAACAACUAAUGUGCUCAACAAGCAACAAUUAUCUUGUUAAUACAAGUAUGAUCGAUGAUAGUUUACCAUCAUCGUUAUCAAAUUCGAUAGAAGAAAUGUUAUUUGGGGACACAGCACGUACCUCUUUUUCCGAUAUUAAUACCACACGAGGAGAUUACAACGCACCAAUCGUCUCCUCGUCUUAUCAUCAUGUUUGUACUACAACAAACAAAGCGGAUGAGGCGAAUAAUUAUCUCGUCCAAAUACCGUACACUUCAACACAAUUGAAAGAUAAUUACUUUUUAACCAACUCAAAUUAUUUAGAACAACAAAAUCAAUCAUUAUUAUUACCAUCCUCAUCGUUUGUCAAUGAUCAACAACAACAAAAUUACAAUCAUUUACAACCAAUGGUUGAUCUCAUAGAUCGAAAUCCAUCAACAAGAAUGAUAUCUCAAGAUUCAGGACCUUCUGUGGUUCAAUCAACAAAUAUUUCAGAAAAUAUUCGACAAAUGUUCACUUAUGAAAUGGGUGGUGCUAAUAAUACGCUCAUAACAAAUUGUGCUAGAGAGUUUGGCUCAAGUAGCGAAGAAGAUUCAUCGUCUCCGACACUUACACCAGUAUUUUAA